UCAUUCCCUUGUGUUGUAUACCGUUUUCCAUGGCUUCGUUCUCCAUCUCCACCAAGGUGGAACCUGAUGCCGACGACGACUGUGUCGCAGAGGAAUUUGAGAAUUUUGACGAUUUCACUAUUGCUUCUCCAUGGGAAAGGUUUAUUUAUGAAAUAGAGGCAGUUUGUCGGGAUUGGAUGGCUGAUAGUCCAAAGAGGUUAUUGGAUAAAGGUGCAGUUGCAUUAGUGUAUUCCAAAUAUUCGUACAAGGUCAAAUCUGAAUUGAAGUAUGGCACAAAAAGUUACUGCAUGGAGUACUAUUUUGAGACCAACAUUAAUGGCAAACCUGGCACUGCAGACUGGAGGUCUGGUUUUCAUGAUCUGCAAUUAUGUUUUGGUGUAAAGGAAUUUUUGGUGAUUUCUCGUAAAAGUGCAAGCAGUGCUGUUCUUGAUUCACCAGAGGCUAGCAAGCUACUGAGUGCUGUUGCAAUUGCUUUGUCAAAUUGUUCAAGUUUAUGGCCAGCAUUUGUUCCAGUUCAUGAUCCUUCACGUAAAGCAUACAUUGGAAUUCAGAACAUGGGUACUGUAUUUACUAGAAGGUUUGAAGCAGAUUGGAUUUGUAGUCAGGUUCCGAGAAGACUGAUGCAUUUGGAAGGCUUGUAUGAAUUGUUUGUGUCUAAGUUUGUAUACUCCACAUUGGAUCUUCCUACUAAUUUUUUCAAAGUGCAAUUUGCAAUGAGGCUAACAUAUAAAAUGCUUGCUCAUGAUGAUUACAAUACGAAAGCCAUUGAUGCUCAAAAUACAAAUUCUGGAGAAAAUCUUACUGGUAAAACCUCCAAUGAAACACUGUGGGAUAAUGACUGUCCUUGGAGUGAGUGGUAUUCUGCAGAAGAUCCUGUUAAAGGUUUUGAGCUGAUUGCGAUAUGGUCAAAGAUGGUUGAAGGCUCUUUGGAAAUGGCUGAACUGGAAAAUGCUUCACCUUAUGAAGCUGAGAAGUGGUUGAUCUCUCCGAGUUGUGCUCCAAAACUGCCUGAAGGUUCUGAAUGGAAUCAAAUUGGAUUUGCAUCCCAGUUGCAUAUUCUAGUUGAUGCAUUGAAAACGUCGUUCAAGGCCCAAUUUAUGGAAAAUUUUGUUUCAGACGAUACCUCUGGUUCUGAGAAUUUGCAUUCCUCAAUGAUUAUACCGCCACCAACUGUCAGCGAUCAAGUGCUGAAAGAGCUAUUUCAAGAAGGAGUACAGGUCACAGACUCUGCUUAUGGGGUAAAUAAGACUUUGGGAGCUAUAAAAGGCGCACCUCUUGAAUCACUCUUUGCACAAUUUUGUUUACAUUCUCUUUGGUUUGGUGACUGCAACAUUAGAGCUAUUGCUGUCCUAUGGAUAGAGUUUGUACGGAAGGUUAGGAGGUGUUGGGAAGAGUCACAAUUAAUCCCUCGAAUGCCAGCAAAUGGUUCAAUUGACCUUUCCACUUGCUUGAUUAACCAAAAACUUCAGAUGCUUGCAGUAUGCAUUGAGAAGAAGUACAAAAUGAAUGAAGAUUAUCAAGAUUGUAUUGGUAGUGAAGAUCAAAUUGAGUAUAUGACUGAGGAAGCAUCACUUAUGACAGAAGACAUGCAUGAGGAGUGCCCUCAGGAUGUUGAAGACUUAAGCGAUUCAUUGAAUUUCUCUACCCUGGUGGAAAGGGACACAUUAGCUUCAGACAUGUCAGCAUUUAAAGCAGCAAAUCCAAAUGCUGUUUUUGAAGAUUUUAUUCGCUGGCAUUCACCUGGGGAUUGGAUAGAUGAUGACCUUGAGGUUGAGAUGUCUAAAGAUAAUUUGUCUCCAAGAGGAAAACUUUCGAAGAGAAUGUCCAAGAAUGCGAACUCGUGGAGAAAUAUUUGGAGCCGCUCACCUGCUCUUCCUUUUUCUGAACAGAAGCCUCUUCUAGAUCCAAAUCGAGAAGGAGAGAAGGUUCUUCAUUAUCUGGAAACUUUACAACCACAUCAGUUGCUUGAGCAAAUGCUGUGUACUGCCUUUGGAGCAGCAGCCGACACCUUAAUCCAAACCAAUUAUGGAGAGCUGAAACAGAUGGAAACUAUGAUGCAGCACCUUUACCUUACUUUGGCUCCUGCUUUGAAGCCCCUGCAAGAAAAUUGUUUAUCUGCUGAUAGUGAGACUAUUGAAGACCUAAGACGACUAUGCGUUGUUUUCCAACACGUAGAGAAAUUACUGACUCUUGCAGCUUCUCUUCAUCGCAAGUUUUUACAAGCACCACGCCUAGCCAGAGAAAUUUUCAGUGAUUUCUACAACUUCUAUAUUCCAAGAAUGGGAAUAGGCCUGAUAGAAGAAAAGGAGUUUGACAAAAAACAAGUAGUGUGGAAUGAAGAGAGAGAAGUGGUGGCAAAUAUGCUUGUUCAACCCACUGCAAACCAGUCUUGGAGAAAGGUUUUGAGUAUGGGCAAUCUUCUCAAUGGUCAUGAACCAAUUCAGAGGGAGAUUAUUUUUUCACUGCAUGGAGUGAACGGUAAUCACUAUGCUAUUCCUACUGCUACUGUUUCCCAACAAAACGUUGAAACUUACCGCAUGUAUAUAUGUGGAACUUCUAAUGAUUUAAGGGUCGCUCUCUCUGUUGUCUCAUGUGAUUAAUUUAAUGGUGUUUGUUGGUUACAUUUAUAUGUUCGUUAGGAAUCAGUAUCAUAGCAUCUCUAGUUUUUGUUGAUUGAAAUUUUCAUGAUGUACUUUCCCCAAUGAUUUUGUUUCCAAAUAAAAAAUUGUAUAUUACUUCA